CGUCUCCCCCUAUGUUGUUUUAUGCAAAAAGAGUGCGUCUGGAUAGGACGCACUGUGGGCCUUAUGCAAAUCAUCUGUCUAUCAGCUUGUGUGGGAUCGUGAAAAAGGUGAAUACUUCUCCCUGAACCCACUUGUGCCAAAUGUUGAAGUUUCUGCGUAACCUCCUGCGUGCAUCUUGCUCCUUCUUUCAUUCAUGACCGACUCAGGAUUGUAGAAGAAAUCAAGCCAAGCACAUCCACAAUCUGCUUUCUUUAAGAUAUUAAGAUGAGCACAGAGGCUGUCGAGCAGAGGGAUCCUCAGCAUGAACACACAGAAAUCGAACAAAAUGGCAUUGACUUCACAAGACAGAUAAAGACAGAGGACCUGAACGAUUCUCCUCACUCUGCGCCAUCGCAUAAGACAUGUCAUCUCACGCAGGGUUCGCCCGCUCCUACAGGGCAGCUGCCUGGGGACUUGCCAUCGCUGCACCCACUUCCCCAGCUGGUCCUCAUGUCGGGCUCACACCUUUCCUCAUCUUCACCCUUCCUCCUGUCCCAGGCUCAGACAGGACACCAAGCCCUGCUGCAGCCGAAUCUCCUGUCCUUACCCUCUCAGUCCCAGCCUAGUCUCCUGCAGCACCAGCCUGGACUGGCCUUAACACCUCAGUUUUUAUCUGCACAGGCGAUGGGUCGGGCAGGCCUGGCUGGGUCUUCCAUGGACGCACACUUGGACAUGCCUCACUUACAGGUGCCUAAGCACGUGGGUGCGUCACAGCAGGACGAACCAAGUGACCUGGAGGAGUUGGAGCAGUUUGCGAAGUCCUUCAAGCAAAGACGCAUCAAGCUGGGCUUUACGCAGGGAGAUGUGGGUUUGGCCAUGGGGAAGCUCUAUGGAAAUGAUUUCAGUCAAACCACAAUUUCCCGCUUUGAGGCUCUUAAUCUCAGCUUCAAGAACAUGUGCAAGCUCAAACCAUUGCUGGAGAAGUGGCUCAGUGAUGCAGAAAACUCACCCUCGGACUCGAUGGCCAAUCCCGCCACUUUGCCACCACUUAUGGAAGGAUAUGGGAGGAAGAGAAAAAAGAGAACGAGUAUUGAGACCAACAUCAAGCUCACGUUGGAGAAACGCUUCCUAGAUAAUCCCAAACCAAACUCGGAGGAAAUCACUAUGAUUUCGGAGCAGCUGUCGAUGGAAAAGGAAGUGGUGCGGGUGUGGUUCUGCAACCGACGACAGAAGGAGAAGAGGAUCUAUUGCCCAGUUGCCACCUCACCUAUAAAAUCACACAACUACAAUGCCAGACUGCCUGCACCUAGCAGACCCUUCAGUCCUCUUCCUUCAGGAGGUGUGUCGAGCAGCUCGUCUCCCAACAGCCCGAGUCGCGGGUCUUCUCCAAACACUCUGUCUUCCUCCAGUCCUCUGACAUCACAGGGGGUCAAUCAAUCCUUCAAUCCUGCAGGAUCCUGGUAUCGUUGGAACAGUACUGCGUAUCACCACUGAAAUAACCACCUAGAAUCCGCUCCCCACCCCAAGAAGUGAAAAUAAAAUGUUUACAGUUUGUUUUGACAUGAAAGAAAACUAUGCUCUGAUUUCUACAUUUACAUACUGAUGGAAUACUGAAGUUUCACAAUCACAUGCUGAAAAAAAAAGGAAGUUUGUUCAUUUCAACAACAUUUCACCUAUUUUUUUUAUUUUGAUUUGUUUAUAUUAUGAUCAAACAUCAGGUCUCUCCAACAUUUCAAAGUUUCUAUGCGGUGGUGUUAAAGCCACCGUUCUGAAAGACUUAAAGAGAUAUUCCUUUUCUAAGACGAUGUUUACAUAUCUAUUCUUAUCUUUAACCCAUAUUUUUAUCAUAAUAUAUUUAGAUGACACUUAAGCGCGAGCAACAAUGUCAAUUUAAACUAUGCAAAUAUUUCAAGUAUCAAAGCUUUUCGAAUUAUAAGCGUGUGGUUAUCACUGACUUCACUGUGUAGCGUUUAUCAUUUCACUCAAAUGAUUUUCACUCUCCUAUUUUAUAAAUGUCUGUUUUUUCUAAGUUAAGCUUUUAUGAACAUGCUUUUGGAAGUGGAAGUACUAAUGUAGUGGAAAAGGGGGUUUGAUUUUUUUUUCUGCCUUUUCCUUAUGAAGUGGUCCAAAGCAUUUGAAGUGAUGUAAUUUCAACCUUUGUCUUUGAUGUGAUUACUGUAUGUAUCCCCAUUGUUUAUUAUUGCUUGUGUUUAUUUUUUUUCUGUGAUGCAUAAUAUGAUUUGUUUUGUAAUUGAAAUGUUGUGUUGUACAUUUGAAUGCUGGACAUGACUGUAUGUGUAACUGUUUAAUACUUAACAUUAAACAGAUUCACCACUUUA